UCCGGCUGAGAUCCAGUUCCAACCCACCCUUGUCACAUGCGCUGCAUCAAGCAGAAGCCCAGUGGACAAUAGUAGUCGGCCGGCGAGGUAGGUAGGUAUGUCAUAAAAUUCGGUCGCACGCCGAUGAGAUGACCAAGUAUUCCUCAACGAGACCGUCUCCAAUUGCCUGACUGUAUGUUAAGCUUCUUCAUGAUGACGCUGAUCCCGCUCCGCGGUCUCAUGGCGAAUUUGCUCUGAAAUCACGGAAAUGUGAUAACUACUAGCACCGACUCUGCCGCCAUAGACCGAACGCUGCAGGUGGUUUUGAUAGUCAAGUCCACAUGUGAUGGUCCUAGGCUCCUCCAGAAGGGUUCCUGGCUUUGGUUGGGUGGAAUUCGGAGGAGCAAAUCUCCGAGUGAGAUUCAUUGGCUCAUUGACGGGCCUCUUGAUGGGUACGACUUCCUCAGAGAUUCGAAAUGCGUGUGCAAAUGACCCGCUUAUUCAAGAACGCUUCGAAAUAGUUGUUUCUUUGGAUUUUGGUACUAAUUGAGUCCACUGUCAAGGCGCAUUUCUGUCAGACACAGCAGUAUCCCCUCCGUCCCCCUUACACAAACACAGCAAUAAACACUCCAAAGCCGUUCUGAGUGACAAUGAUAACAUCCAGACGAGGACAGGCAUUUCUCCGUGCUUCUGGGCCCCACUCCUGUCCUGACAUCCACCCCAGACGUGAUCAUACUGCCACUGGCUCGAUUCACAAAGUGGCACGGUUUUUUAGACUCCAUUGUCCAGACACGGAAUCCUCGACAACCUUUUUUUCCUCUUCGAGCUUUCGAAGGAUCUGCAAGAUACCACCAUUGGCUGGCAAGUGAAGAUUCUCAGGAACAUCUUUGUAUAUGACUUUGACGAUCUCCAUCGACGUCCAGUUAUCAGAAUCACUCGGUGCUUCAAUGCCUGGAUGAGACUUCUUGGACUUCAGAACCUGGAUCACUUGGUUUUCCCGGAGUUGUCUAUGCUUGAUGUACUCGAAAAUCUUGCCUGGACCGUCUUCGAGAACAGGACCGUGUCCUGGGUAUGCUCGACCUCUGAAUUUCCCUCUCAUCGUCUCCAAACUCUUCAAAUAUACUAGAAGGUCCUCGAAAACUGCUGUUCCAUGACCAAGUACGUUGUCACCAGUGAACAUGGCAUCCUCUUCCUCGAGAACCAAUGCCAUAUGAUCUUGAGUAUGACCGGGUGAGAAAACCGCUUUUAAGGAAGCACCUUCUACUUGGAAGAGCUGCCCAUCGCUAAUAUCAAGCUGUCCGCAAUCUGGCUGGUUUUUGUAAAUAUUGGUAGAUGGCGAGAACUCUAGCAAAUGCUUGAUGCCACCCUGAUGGUCGUGGUGCCAGUGAGUGAUAAUAGCCUUCGUGAUCGUUGCAUUUUCUUUCUGUAGGAUGUCCUUCAAGGAGGCAAUCCAAGAAGGCUUCCCUUCUCCGGUAUCGAUCAGAACCCGCUGCGUUCCGGUACCAACAAUAUAAGUAUUUGAUCCUAGGUAUGGUUAGACAACGGUACCAGUGGAGACUAGUCAGGCUGGUCACCUUGUAAAGUAAACUAUAGACCUGAUUAGCAUAGACCUUGUGAAAUGCGUAGGUAGGCAUAUUUGAGAGUGUCUUUUGAGUAGCAAAGUAUGAAACGCUGCAAACAGCCCUGGAGAGAUUGAAGUCGAAGAGAAGAGUUGUGAAUAUGGUCCAUGCCUAUCAGUACAAGAUACGGUAUCGAUUCCUCGAACAUCUUCCCAUAUGGAUUGUCGCAACAAAAGUUGUCUUCAAAAGCCCAGUCGACGCGAUCAGACUCAAAAUAGUCUUUUGUACAAAGCCGAUUGCGGGCCUUGAGAGUCUAGAUGUGUUUGGAGCUUAAACACACAGGACUGGCUACAUCCAAAACACCCACUGGAGCGAACGCACUUUUGAGAAUUCUCAACCAUGCUGGAGAUGAGGGGAGCUCAAAGGAUAGUCCGUCGCAUGGGAGUCAUCAUACCCAAAUUGCCCUUUGCCAGGUUGUAAGGCGGAUAAUACAUAAAAGUGACAGUGUGCUGGACUCGGCUCGGGGCUCGAAAUCGGUGGCUCACCUUUCCUGGAUUCCCUCCAAGCACUCGAAUAACGGAAGGGCUCAACUUCUCCACAUUCUGUAAUGGGACCAAUUGUGUAGCCAUUUUCGCGAUGUUAUUGGCAAAACGAGGUGCAGAUCGCAUAUGAUUUUGACGGGAUGCCUGCAGAGUACCUAGGUAGGUAACAGUCUAGGACCCCUCGGGCGAAUAGAUAGGUGGUUUCGUAGGUGGUUUCGUAAGUGGUUUUGUAGGUGGUUUUGUAGGUAGGUAGGUAGGUAGGGCAAGCCUGGCUGCCCGGAACAGGAAUUUGCUCUGAAAUGAUGCUGUAAUUGAUAGCAUUUACUUGUACCUACCUACAGUAGGAGCUCCUAGGAACUAAGCCCCUGCCCCUGCCUCGGCUCUGAUAUUGUACGAAAGGUACUUAUACUCGCCCGUCGCUGAUUGGCCCGACCGCUGCCGACAGAUUCGUGAGCCCAACCUCGAGGCUUCAGCAUCGUUCUUCAACGCUGGGAUUGGGCCUUUGUCAAUCAAUCGACAAUAUGGGGAGUUCUUCCCGGCCUGUGACGCCGGCGUCACCCAGAGUACCCAAGAUCAAACCUGCUCAGCCAGGUGUGCCUCUCUUUGGUUGUGGUGUGUAUGGCAAGACUGCCCUGCCUUGCCCUGCCCUAAAUUCGUAGCCUCGCACGCCAGCCUGCUAACUCAACUAUCAUCCUCCAGAACAUGUCCGCAUACUGUUGGAAGGACCAGUUGAGAUUCUAGAGAAUACUAUACGCGCCUACAGGACCUGUAUGUGUGUGGUCUCCGAUACGACACCAAUAAUACCUCAAACCUCCAAAACUCCUGCUGGACAAGCACUGACGACCUUGACACCGAACUACCUCUGUCUCCAAUGUGAAGUCACCACGACAGCGUCUGGCCGUGUUGAGCAUGGUAUGGAGACUAAGCAUCGGUUCUGUAUGUGCCCUCCUAUCACCUCCUAUCAUAGAGAACGACGAUACAAAAACUUACUUUCCUAGAUGUCGAGUCUCGGAAUGGCUAUCUCUUCUGCCAGAUGUGCAAUGACUUCGUGUUUGACCCAACUCUUGAGGGCCUAAGAUUGCGCAAGAUUGGUACUGGAAGUUUUUCUUCACGAAAACGAAAACUGGACGACCUUUUCACCGACGCCUCGAAAGAGGACUCACAGCUCAUGUCCGUCAACACAAACAAUACGCCUUGCCGAGCUAGUGGUAUACGGGGCAUAUACAAUAUGGGGGCUACAUGCUACAUGAAUGUCAUUCUCCAGAGCUUGAUGCAGAACCCGUUGCUCCGGAACUUCCACCUGGGCGACGGCCACCGAAGCUCCGAGUGCACUCGUAAGAACUGUGUGGCAUGUGCCAUGGAUGAAAUGUUCCAGGCAUUCCACGCCCAGCCUGAGACGGUUGGGUACUCGGCGCAUAACAUGCUUGCCUGCUUUUGGAUGUCGAAACGGAAAGCAUACGAAGAGCUUGCCAGCAACAAGGAGCAGGAUGCCCAUGAGUUUUUUCAGUUCCUGACUGAAGAGCUUCAUGAAAUCAAUGCCAAUGCACACAGACAGGCGUUGGCGGAUGGGGCACCCUCACCCAAGCGUGCCAGACCAGAUUCAACCUGUAAUUGCAUCGUUCACCAGACCUUUUACGGCCGGACGCAAAGCACCAUCACAUGUCAGGGCUGUGGCGAGAUCAGAACCUCUGUCCAACAAUUUAUGGAUCUUAGUCUUGGUCUCGAUGUGCUCUCAAAGAAGAAGAGUAUCAAGACCACGGGGCUGAGCGUCAAACGAUGCUUGGAAGCGGAAUAUAAGCAGGCGGAGCGUUGUGAAUACACUUGUCACAAUUGCGGAACAAAAGAGGCCAAGAAGCUAUCAAGCAUCAAGAGCCUACCUAAUGUUCUUUCCCUUCAGUUGAAGCGUUUCAAACAAAGCAAUGGCUCUGCCUCGAAGAUUGAGACCAAGGUUUCUUUUCCCCUCAAGCUGGAUAUGUACCCUUACACGAAUCGAGCACGAGGGCAAGAUCCAAAGCAAAACCCCGAGUUGGCAAGGGGCUGCACAUAUGAACUUCAAAGUGUUGUUGUGCAUGUUGGUAAUCUCGAAACAGGUCACUACAUCUCAUACUCGCGUGUUGGUAAUCAGUGGUUUAAAUUCAACGACCAUAAUGUUACACUGGCCUCAAAAUCGGACGUUCUCAACUCCGAGGCGUUUAUAUUAUUCUACGUCAUACAGUCAUUGGCAUGA